CAGGAUGGGAAAACUAUGCUUUGGGCAAAAGGAGCCAGAGGCUGGAGCUGUGAGCGCUGCUGGGAGAAGCCGGGAUACAUCAGGACUUGGAGAAACAGUGGCAACCGUGGCAAAAGCUUGUGGGCCCUCAGUUGCAGCACAGCCUGGGCAGAGAGCUGUCUGCAGCCACCUAGAUUCCCCAUGGCCCAGGAAUUGAGGGCUCGUGGCAUGAUGGAUGCCUGAGACCCUGAGGAAUCCUCUGGAAAAGACUGGCCCUGGAAGGACAUUGACGAGCUGGACGGUGUCCAAAGGAAGGCAACCAGAGAUGGUAGCCACCAUGAUUUCCUGGGUGUUCUUGGCCUGGGCCAUCCCCUGUGCCACCAAUCAACUCCUCAGUGCCUUCACCCAAGGAGAACUCCAGAAUGAUCCCCCCAAGCUCAUCUGCAGCAUUCCAGGGCCCCAGGGUCCCCCUGGCCUUCCAGGAGCCCCAGGACCUUCAGGCAUGGUGGGCAGGAUGGGCUUCCCAGGCAAAGAUGGUCAGGAUGGGAAGGAUGGAGAAAAGGGUGAAACUGGAGAAGAAGGUGCACGUGGUCGAAUAGGGAACCCCGGGAAACCAGGACCGAAGGGCAAAGCAGGGGCAAUUGGACGAGCUGGACCCAGAGGUCCCAAGGGAAUCAGUGGGAUCCCAGGGAAACAUGGUGCCACUGGGAAAAAAGGACCCAAGGGGAAGAAGGGGGAAACAGGAAUGCCAGGGCCCUGCAUCUGCGGUGCUAACAGAGCCAGGUCUGCAUUCUCAGUGGCUGUCACCAAGAGCUACCCUCGGGAGAGGCUGCCAAUCAAGUUUGACAAAAUCCUGAUGAAUGAAGGUGGCCAUUACAACGUGUCCAGUGGCAAGUUUGUCUGUGGUUUUCCUGGUAUCUACUAUUUCACUUAUGACAUCACUCUAGCCAACAAGCACCUGGCCAUUGGACUGGUACACAAUGGACAGUACCGGAUCCGGACAUUUGAUGCCAACACUGGAAACCAUGAUGUGGCAUCUGGCUCUACCAUCCUAGCCCUGAAGCAAGGGGAUGAAGUCUGGCUACAGAUCUUCUAUUCAGAGCAGAAUGGACUCUUCUAUGAUCCUUACUGGACAGACAGCCUAUUCACCGGCUUUCUCAUCUAUGCUGACCAAGAUGAUCCCAAUGAGUUGUAAAAGGUGCUGAAGGGAAGGGGAAACCAUCACCCAGGGGAAGGAAGCCAGUGAAGAACCAGUUUCAGGUUGAGCUUUGCCAAGUCCCCUUGGAAUGUGACGAUCAUUCCAAGUUCUUGCUGAGUAAACUAAUUCCCUCUGUAUCUUACUCCCACAACAUUAAACUAGAGCAUUUGAAGAGUU